AUACAAAAUUUCAGUAUUCAAAACGAUCGCCGAGAGUUUAGAUGAAAAUCGAAAUGCGAAUUAUUUAAUUAAAUUGUUAAGCAAAAAAAUAAAACGGAAAAUUAAAAAAAAAAAAAACUUAACAAUAACAACAAAAUAUGCCUUAUAACUACCUAAUACUUAAAAUUUUACUGGUGAUAUAUACGUUUUAUAUAAAACAAAUACAAUGCAAUGAAUUGUGCUGGAACAAUGAUGAAGAGUGUACUAUUAAAACGGAAUUAUUUAAAAAUUUAGAACUUUCACAUGGCAUAACUAUGCAAAUCGAUUGUCAUUUCAAUUUGAAAGAAAACAAUGCACAAGAUCACCUCCAACAAACAGAAGAAGAAAAUGAUUUUCAAACAUCAACAAAAAAUCGUUUCAUGGGCAUACAAACUGUAAUGCUGGACGGUUGCCAAACGCCUUUAAAUGCUCUAACUUAUGGUUUGGAAUUUUUGCCAAUAUGUAAAUAUAUUACAAAAGUUUCCAUUAGGCAUUUUCACAUGGACAUACUAAGGCCUCUGCAUUGUCAGGCAGAAAAUUCACAACAACUACAAUUAGAAUAUUUGAAUAUACAAUUUAAUGAAAUAGCUGCCAUUGAAGCUGAUUCCUUUGUUGCUAACACUCCACAAUUAAGGGAUGUGCUCAUCGAGAAAAAUUCACUCAAACUUAUACACAAAGAUGCCUUCAAAGCUAUUAGAUCAUUAGAGAAUUUAUAUAUUGUCAAUGAACCGGUGCUGAUGUUGAAAUUUCCUGAUUUAUUUGAAUACACUAGUGUCGCCAGUGUACAUUUGGAGGCGCUAAAACAAAUGACGUCAGGCAUUUUUAAACAUUUACCUGAAACUUUGCAAAAUCUCUAUGUUGCCAAUACACCAUUCGAUAACGUUGCGCUGCUGCUGAGAAAUUCUCUCGUUUUAAGAAAUCUCACCAUAAAACAUUGUGCUCUAGAAAAAUUUACGCUACACGAUGUUCAUUCAACCGUUAAACGCAUUGAUUUAAGUGGCAAUGUCAUGAAAACAUUUACAGCGUAUGAGAACAAAUUAAACGAAUUGAAUUUAAGUAAUAAUCAAUUGCAAUGGCUACCAUUUGAAUGGUUGGCGAAUCUUAGCAACUUGGAGUGUCUUAUACUUACAGGAAAUCAUAUAAAAUUUUUGCAUUUAGAUAAUUUAUUGAAAUCCCUACCAAAUGUUUCCUUAUUCGAUCUUAGCCAAAAUCAGCUACAAUCUUUACAGGGUUAUGAUAAUGUUAUACCUGAUGUUGUACUAUCACAAGUACGCAUAAAAUGUGAUCAAAAUCCCUGGGAUUGUUUGUGGUUACAUGAAUUUGCCCAUUAUCAACCAGAGAAAUUUCGCAUAUUACAAUAUGAAAAGUUUAUAUCGAAAAUAAAUGUUAAUGGACUACAAUGCAUACCAUCAGAAAAAAUACCAACCACUCCUGCUAUCACCACAAAUAAUGCUACUCAAAGGGAAAACACGGCCAUAACUCCCGAUCACUUUUUGAAUGUUUCCACGUAUACUUUAGUUUAUGGCAGUCCUUGGGAAUUCAAAAGAAAUCAAAGAGCCGAAGCUUUAAUUAUCGUUUUCAUGUUGCCCUUAGGUAUAGCAUUUCUUUUCCUGCUUCUCUAUAUGUGGAUUUAUUGUCAGAAAAUGUUUCAUUUAUCCUACUAUAAAGGCUUCUCUUGCAUGCAAACACCAGCAAAUCAUCCAAGUCAACGUUUUGAUGUCGUUAGACAAUUGCCCUUACCUACUCUACAAACUGAAACUCGCAGACCUUUAACACAAAUAGUCGAUGGAACGGAAAUGGCUUAUGAAGUGCCUAUUAAUGGUAUUGUUUCCGAAUGCAAUUGUAUAGCACUACAUAGUGAUGAUACACCGACUGCUAAAUGUGAAAAAUCUGUUCAUAUUACCUAUGAACAGUUACCAACCGAAGAACCUCCCAGUCAGAUUUAUGAAGAGAUAAUAUAAGUUGUUGCUGUUGCCGGCCAUAAUAAAACCAAUUAUGAUCAUAUUUCUUUUAAAUAGUUUGCUAUAAAUUUUGUAUUAUUGUUAUGUAUAUUAUAACCAGCUGGAGGGGUUACUCUGUAACUCGAUUUGCAAGCAAAAAUAUUCAAAUUUUUCUCAUUUUGAAUCAAACCACGGAAUAAUCCUCUAGCAGAACUGUAAAUUUGUUCAAAGUAUUUGAUGUUAAUGUUAUUAACUACAUACCUAUGUACUUAUGUACAGUGAAUCAACUAAGUUUUUUGCCUACCUUUUUUUAAGAGAAUUUUGUUUUUUGUUCAUAAAUAAAAUUCAAAAAAACAGGUAAAAAGUAAAUUCAUUCCAAUUGAAAAUAAAGAUUGU